AUGAUCAGUGAAUUGGAGGCAGCAAUGGCCAUCAUGAGCAAAUACUGCCAGAAGGAGCUGGAUGAAUAUGGUGCAUGUGUUGUCUCCCAUCCAGUAUCAUGGCAAGAGAAGUGUGUAGACCUGAAGCUGAGGGUGGCACAGUGCACUUCAUCACAUCCUGUGAUAAGGAAGAUCCGAAGCGACUGUGCUGGUGAGUUUUCAGUGUUUGAGCGCUGUCUGCGGGAGAACCAGAGCUCUGCUGAAGCCUGUCAACCUCACCUCGCAUGUUUCCUUGCCUGUGUUGAGACCGUCGACCUUUCAGGAAUAGCAAAUGCUGCGCCGCAGCCCACAUAGGUGUUUUUUUGUCCCUGUUAAUAACACAGGUGUUUUAUACUCAGUACUGAGAAGAAAUGGGCUGUGGAAAAGCUUAUUAUCUUUGAAGAACUGCAACACACACACAAAAAAACUGAAACCUCAGUCUUUUGCACACCUUUUUUUUCCCAAA